GGUCCCCAGGUAAGGCCUCCCAAAUGUUGAGAAAUAGUCCUGCAGGUUUCAGUUUGCAGCAGCAGGUCGAAAAUUAAGUCUAGACAUUAUAUAGGCUUAAAUCAGGACUGCAAAUGUUUCAUUUGGUAAAUCACAACUGAAAUGAUUUAGUGCAAGACUCGGGCUAAUCCAGGUCCAGGAAACUUUAAUAUACUAAAUCCCAACGGGCUCCCAGUGGAUAUGAAGUGCACUAUUUGGAUGCAGAAUCCCUUAUUUCAUGCCCUAUGUAGUGCACUAUUUAGGGCGUACAGAAGCAUGGGAGAUUCAGCCUCGGUGGCGCUGCACUGAGGAGGUCACAUGACCGUUUGAUCAUUUCCCGUUUUUUCAAACCAUUCAAACUUUUAACCCGAGCGCUGAGUGUAUCUAUGGCAACGGCGAGUUAAAGAUGGGAGGAGUGACGCCGCUCCACAAGACUUCACACUCCAGAGUACGACGGAAAGCUUUGAAAUGUACUGUAGAACUAAAAGUCCAUGCUAUCACCUGUCCGGGGGUCUUUUUACCGUCCCGAGAGGACAUUUACUUGAGUGUCCGAAUGAUGGGACAGUACCGCAAAACAAAGUGUCUACCCUUCGAUUUUCCUCUUCUGAUGCACGAAAAGAUGGUGUUUACAAAGACCUUCACAGGAGCCGUUGACCCUGGUGAUAUAGCUGAUCAUCUGGAGAAUGAUACAACCUGUUUUGAGCUCAUUCAGCUUGUCCCCCCAGAGGGAGAAAUUCUGGCCACUCUUGAAGAGAAUACCAGAGACUUCCUCUACCCAGGCCCAAGGCUGACUCCCCAAACCCCUGGUUCAGAGAGAGAGAUUCUGAUGAAGAAAUCCGUCUCCUUCCCGGGGAUCUCGCCCAAAGUGGAAUUUUCAACCACAUCUGUUAUUGAGGAGUGUGAUUUGAAAGGUAGCCAGACAACCUUCUCGCCAGUUAACCAUUCCCACACUAAGCCUGGUCAUGUAAAAACAAGCCCUAGACGAAAGACCAAGACCAACACGAAGCAAAGCAAAGUGCCAGCGUGUGGUUACCAGAGGCCCACAGUAGCAUCACAGACCCGCUCCCCCUCACCCUACACCUACCGCAGGAUGUGCCAGCUGUCCGAGGAGGCUAGACAGCGCCUGAGCCACCUCCAGCUUGGGCCCUACACCUUUAAGAAAGAAACAGAUCCUCAGCCUCCUUUUGUGGUCCCCUGUAGUCCAGGCGCCUCUCUGAUUGAAUCCCCCACGUUUCCUCCAGCUCUUCCAUCUUCACCCAAGAGAAGCUCCUUCCUCCAGACGUCUGUGAAUUUUGCUGCAGACGUCACAGAUCUCACACUCUGUGGAAGCUUCAAGGCAAAGCCUUCUAAAACGAAAGGUUCUUCUGUGGAUGUCCAUUGUUUGUCUCCAGGGGCUACAUCCAGAAGUCUUUCUCACAGGAAAGUUCCUACUGACCACUCCACCCCUCUGUCCAGCAGUCACAGAGACCAGAGUCCGCUGCUGGCACGCUCCUCACUUAGAGAGAGGUUUCACAGCCCCACCAGCCCCUCUCAGUGGGAGCAGAUUCACAGUCGAGUUCAGAGGAUUUUGAGCACUCAUGCCACUCGAAAGCUGUCAUUUGACGAGCAGAGUGAGGAAGGAGAAUCCGAGUCAUGUUCCUGCCAUGACUCACUAUGCGACAGCCAAAUACAACCUGACAGGGUUAUUCCUGGAGAGCCAUCUGUUCAUUUAGAUAACGGUACAUUCUGGACCAACAAAGCAGCCAAAUACACCGGGAGGUCCCACAGAGCAGUGUUUGAGGACAGCCUUGGUAAAAUCUAUAAGAACCUGUACAGAAAAGCAUCAAGUCCUGGUCACAUUGAUUCAUAAGGAAUCUGGACAUCAAUAUUUGAUUUUAACAUAACCCAACUCCUUAUUUCUACACCUUAGCAAACUGCUUCCUGCAGCCAUAAACAGUAACAGUCUUUGCUACAUCACUGAUGAAAUAAUCAAGCCACUUUAGCUAAAUCUGAUUGGGUCAGUGCUGUUUCUAAAUUGAGGAAAAGAUGCAGAUACACAGCAGCAGCUUGGUUUAUUGAUUUAUUGGCGAUCCAGUCAGUUACAAAUUUGUGUGCAUUCUUACAAAAUGUGAAAUCUUCUGUCAUGCUCCGUCAUUCUCCCAGACUGGUGGCAGAGAAAAGCUUCUUCAGUCAGGGAAAAAGACAUGAAGGCACUAAAAA